ACAAAGCUAUGCGCAUAUAUGCAAAGCACGCUGGAAUCACGCGCAGGAGAGGUCCGGACCCGGUAGCGCACCGGAACUCAUACGAAGCCUGCUCUCAAGGCCGCACUAGCGACACGCAAACGCAGACCCGGGUGUGUGUUGUGAGCACACCCCGGGGUUAAACUAGGGAGCCUUAUCGAGCUUUUCGAGAAACCUCUGGGACAUGGCAGACCCGCUCGACCUCUUCCCGGGCGUCGCGCCGCCGCUGCUGGCGACUUUAUCGGCGCCGGCCCUUCUCCGCGCGGGCGCCUGCUGCCGGCGCUGGCGCGACGUCACGCGCCGCGUCGCGGGGCGGCGGACCGCGGAGGGCGCGGGCCCGGCAGCUGCUGUCGCCCUGCUCGUCAGGACGGAGGAGUGCGAGGGGCGGAGCGAGGUUGCCUGCGCGCUGGCCGCGCUGACGCGCAAUCUACAAUGGGCGCCCGAGGUCGCGUUGAUCUUCGCGACGGAGGACGCGGCCUGCUACUCGGACGGCAACGGCGUCCGGACGCUCGAGGCCGACGUGCGGGCGCGCCUGCCGCGCGCGUGCCUCGUGGCCUGCGGCCGGGCGCCGGGCGUGUUCGGACCCGUCGCCGGGGCCCUGCAGGAGGUCGUGGACGCGGGCGGCUGCGCCGUGCUGCUCUUGAGGGGCGCCCGGGGCGCGGGGCCGCCGGGGCUGCUCGCCCUGCCCGGUCGCCGGCGACGGGCCGACAAGGCGGCCCGCGGCGUCGUGUCGGGGCAGGCGCCGCGGCCGGCGCCGCCGUUCCCCCCGGAUGCGUCUUCUGCGGCAGCGGCGCGCGCGGCGGCGGCGGCGCCGCCGCUCUUAUUGGAUGCGGUGCGGCGCGAGGAGGUCGCGACGCGGCGUCCGGUUUCUCGUCUCCGUCGGGCCGGAGCGUCGACGCCAUCGGGGCGAGCGCUCGAAACCGCCGCGACCGCCGCAGGCCGCCUCAAAGAAGGGCUUCAAGCGGUCCGACGCGUGCCAGGCCGCGUUCGCGGAGGCGUGGCUGCGCGCGCGCGGCGCGGCGCCGCGGGACCUGGUGCUGGUCCUCUACGGCGACGCGGCGUUCGGCGACGCGCUCGGCGCCCGCGGCGACCUGUGUGGAAAUCAUCCAGUGAGUUAGGUUAUCCGAAAUUCUAUCCCCACACAGGCGGCGACGUGAGGACCGGGCGCCUCGGGCGCGUCUGCGGCGGCGCCGUCGACGACGACCUCGUGGGCGGCACCGCGGGCGGGCUGGUGGACGCAGCCGCCGUUCUGAUUCACCUGCCAGCGUCCGUCGCGUCGCGGGGUGCCGCCCUGGCACUCCAGGCGCAGGGCGCCGACGGCUACGAGGAGGAGCUGGUCACGCGGUUGCGAGGCUUCCGCCCGGACUUUGGACUGGUGGCGACGUGUUUCGGGCGCGCGCCCGAGGACUUCCACGGCGAGUCCGGCGUGGAGGCGCGGGCGCACGCGCGGCGUCUCCAGUGCCCGCUGGUCGGCUUCCUGGCGGGCGGGGAAUUCGGUGCAGCGGGCGGGUCGGAGUUCGGGGCGCUGGGGUUUACGACGUGUCUGGGGUUGCGUGGUGGGGAGGGUGUUUCCUAAUUGUCUAUCGUAGGACCGCGCGGCUCGGCCCCUAGGAACAACAAUAUACAUUAAGUGCAGCAUGUCCGAGUCCUCGUAAGAUUCCACGCCGCGCACUGGCACUAAGAACAGCCAUUUCCGCGAGCGAGGAGG